AUGGUGAAUAACUUGCCCCAGAUCACAGAGGGAGAAGAAGAAGAGCUGGAAUGUAAAUUCAUAGCAUGCCCCGAGGAGCUGAGGCCCAUGAAGGACGGCUCCGGAUGCUACGACCACUCCAAAGGUAUCGACUGCUCGGACGGCUUCAACGGGGGCUGUGAGCAGCUGUGCCUGCAGCAGACGCUGCCUUUGCCCUAUGACGCCACCUCCAGCACCAUCUUCAUGUUCUGCGGUUGUGUGGAGGAGUACAAGCUGGCUCCUGAUGGAAAAUCCUGCCUAAUGCUCUCAGAUGUCUGCGAGGGCCCCAAAUGCCUCAAACCUGACUCCAAAUUCAACGACACCCUCUUUGGAGAGAUGCUACAUGGUUACAACAACCGGACCCAGCAUGUGAACCAAGGCCAAGUCUUCCAGAUGACCUUUAGGCUUACUGAUGCCUAUCCAAAGAAGUGUUAG